CUUCUUCUCUCUCAUCCUCUCUUCGUCUCUUCUUCUUUUUUCCUUGUACUCCUCUCCAGCCCCGUCUGUCUGUCUUUCUGUCCCAGUGUCCAGUCCGACCCAUCGCCACCAUGACGUCCGCCGAGAAGCCCCUCCCCUUCCAGUACCAGUUCGCCGCAGGCGCCAUUGCUGGUGUCUCGGAGAUUCUGGUCAUGUACCCUCUUGAUGUCGUCAAGACCCGAGUACAACUCCAGACUGCCGGUGCCACUGGCGCCGAUGCCUACAAUGGCACCCUGGACUGCUUCCGCAAGAUCAUCAAGAACGAGGGUUUCUCCCGUCUCUACCGUGGCAUCUCCGCGCCCAUCCUCAUGGAGGCUCCCAAGCGUGCGACCAAGUUCGCCGCCAACGAUGAGUGGGGCAAGAUCUACCGCAACCUCUUCGGCCUCACCCAGAUGACCCAGUCCGUCUCCAUUCUCACUGGUGCCUCCGCCGGUGCCACCGAGUCCUUCGUCGUCGUCCCCUUCGAGCUUGUCAAGAUUCGACUCCAGGAUAAGGCCUCCGCCGGAAAGUACACCGGCAUGCUCGACGUCGUCACCAAGAUCGUCAAGGCCGAGGGUCCCCUCGCCAUGUACCAGGGUCUGGAGAGCACCCUCUGGCGCCACAUCCUCUGGAACGCCGGUUACUUUGGCUGCAUCUUCCAAGUCAAACAACUGCUCCCCAAGGGCGAGACCCCGUCGGGUAAGAUGGGCAACGACCUUGUUUCCGGUGCCAUUGGUGGCACCAUCGGUACCGUCCUCAACACCCCCUUGGAUGUCGUCAAGAGCCGAAUUCAGAACACCCCCAAGGUUCCCGGUGUCACCCCCAAGUACAACUGGGCCUUCCCUUCCCUCGUCACCGUCGCCCGCGAGGAGGGCUUCUCUGCCCUGUACAAGGGCUUCCUUCCCAAGGUCCUGCGUCUUGGUCCCGGAGGUGGUAUCCUUCUCGUGGUCUUCACCACCGUCAUGGACACCUUCCGCAGCUGGCAGAAGUGAUUUCUCACAUCAAAUAGUGAGAUAUCCAGAAAAAAGAUGGGGCCUAUAAUUUACAUCAUUACCACACCAGACGAUAGAGUGCAUGGGAGCAUCCGGGGUUGACAAGAGGGGGGCGAUCGAUCUUUUGGAUAAAUACUGAUACCUACUGCUUUAGUCAGUCAGGCUCUAGAUAUGAUUUGUUCGGUUCCGAGAUAACCUGCGUCGAAGGGUGUUGGGCUGGUCAAAUACAGAGGGGGCCGGAGUCACUUUACAUUGGGCGGGAAUUUUAUAGACGUUUCAUAUCGACCUCUAGCCAAUUCAAUGUUUAUGCGUUUCAAAUA